AUGUCAGACGGCGAAGCGGGUGAAAAGAAAAUCACAUUGACGGUAAAAACGCCCAAAGAGAAGCAAACAGUCGAAGUGCAAGAAAAUGCUACUAUUAGUGAAGUUAGUAUACAGAUAUACACGUAUAUGUUAUUGUGAUUAGAGUUAAUACAUUCUUAAAAUAAUUUGUAUAACAAUAUUUAAUGAUGAUUUGUUUGAUAAUUACUGGCUUUUCAGGAUUUCUUGUUGAAUUUAAUAAUUUACUUCUUGUUCAUUGUGUUUUUAAGGUUAUGUAAUUAUUUAAGCUGACUCAUUUUAUUAUUAUCUUUAAUAAAAUGUAUUAUUUAAAAAGAUACUUCUUAAUUAAUACUUAAAACCGGUAUCGUUAUUACUUAUUAACAAGGUUGCAUUUGAAAAAAGAUAUCAAUGUUCAUUGUGAACUCAUUACUACGUAUCUUGGUACAAUAUAAAAUAAAUGUACCUACCUAUUAAUAAAUAUAUAUAACUGUUAAUAGCAAAUACAAGUUAAUUAUUAGUUUAUACAGUUUUGUUUAUGAAAUUAUGAAAACUAAAAUUCUCUUGUAGGUUGGUACGUAGAUUUGGAAAUUUUAGGAGUGUUUUGAUCUAGUUUAGCAUUUUUAUAAUAUUAUUUCCUACAAUGAUUUGAUAUCUGAAUGCGAUUUUCAACAUCCAGAAUGUAGGAAUCAGCAAACAAUUUAAAACUACAUUUACUUUAGUCGGUUACUGGUUCUCCAUUGUAAAAAUCUCUAUUUUAAUCAAAAUGUUUUUAAGAUAUUGUAAACAAUUAGUAAAUAAUGCAGCAAUAUGUUAAUUGAAAUUAAGCUCACCUAAACAAUUCCUAUUAUUUAAGAAUAAUAAUUGUUAUAAUUGUUGAUACUUUCCUACAAAUUAUUAUUGAUAAGUAUUUAGGUAGGUUAGUAAUAGAGAGCCAAGAAAGAAUUUAAUGAAUUAAUAGAAUUUUGCUUAAAAUAGUUAAAUAACAUUAGAAAUAACAGAUAAAAUAUAGCUGAUGACAUUUCUAGAAUCAUAAAGGCCCUCAUACAAGAUCCAUGUUGACCAAUAUUUGGAAAUAUUAUUGAUCGUGUAUGAGUUGUGUAAGGAUUAAACAAAUUUAAAAAUUUUGAUUUUUUAUAAUACAUUGUCAAUAAUAUUGUGUGUUAGUAGCACUGAUCAAUAAUAUUGACAAGUCUUUAGCUGACCAAAAUUCCAUCUCACAUUAUUGUAUCUUAUUUUUUUAUUAAUUAAUUAGUUUUUAUUAUCCAAAGUUUUUUAAUUUUAUUAAAGUUUAUCAAAACAUCGCUCGUCCAUUCUUAACAAAUUUUAGUAGUCUUCUGGUUAUUUAAUUGUAUCCAGGAUAAAAGAUUUACACAAUUGUAUUUGUUUUGUUUUUUAACCACUUUUUAGCCUAAAAUCUUUGCUUGCGUUUCUUCUUUUGACUUUUUUUUUUAUCAAUAAUAUAAGUAGCUAAAGCAAGAGCUAGAUACAGUAUUAUCUAAAUUAUCAGAUAUCAUUGUUUGUAGUGAAAAUUGUACUUAAAUUCUAUAAAAUGUUCUAACAAAUUGAAAGUAUAGUUAUUGAUUUACUUUUACUAUAAGAUUACUAUUAGUCACCUUGUCCGUACCAUGUGACUGGUAUAUUAAUCAAUAAUAUUGAUAUGUUGAUGGUCAUUGUCAAUGUUAGUCUAUAUUUUAUCAAUAUAUAUUGAUCAUGUAUGGGCCGCUUAAGAAUUUAUUUAAAACAAGUUUCAUCGAAAUUCAUAAAUUAAGUAUUUUUUAAGUUAUAUCUGUUUGAAUAAUUUCAUAAUUAUAUUAUUAUAGAUUUAUUUCCAUCUUAUUGUUAAUAAAAACAAUUUAUGAAAACACAUAUUACAUAUAUUAUUAUUGCUAUUGUACCAUUUCAUUUUAUUACAGUUAAAAUUAUUUUUAUUAGCUGAUAGGCUAAUCUCCUAUCAAUUUAUAUAGUACUAAAAUACUACAUUUUAGUCUUUGUUGUUUACUAUCCAUAUUUUCAAAUAUCAUCCACAACUUUAGUGUUUCAUGUAAAGAUUAAUUUUUUCUCCUUAAGUUACAGUAAAAUUUAACUUUUAGUAAUUAUCUGCUGACACAAAAUUCUUUUAUAGGGGUCAUAUUUCUAGCUGUUAGUUAUCACCCGUAAUAGAUUCAUAGUAUGAAUACCAAAGUUAAACUUCCUUUUGAAACUUAAUUUCUUUGAAAUAUGUGUUUAAAUUAUUAUAGAUGUCUUAGGUUUUAAACAUUUUUUAUUCAAAGAGGGAAUGUAAUUUUGAUAAAUUAUCCUUUUAACUCUUAAAUCAUAAAAAAAAAAUUAAAAUAAAUAUCAUUUUCUAGCCAUAAUGAUUAUGUGUUGCAUCUAUAAUAGUUACUUUUAAAAUUAUUCUUUUGCACUUUUUAUCUGUAAAUUUAGGACAAAUAAUUGUGGUUGAAUAAUCAAAAUAUAUUGUGAUAGUAUUCACCACAUUUUAGGGUAUUGUGUUACAUAACUAUUUAUUUUAUACUUAGUAUUAAAAUAAUAGUAUUCAUUUAGUACUUAAUGUUAAGUAAUCAUUAUGGAGUAACUUCUUUCAUGUUUCAUGUUACCUAGAUUUCAAUUAUUUUAUUUUUCUAAUUUAUAGAAAAUUUAUAUAAACUAUAUAUGUAAUAUAUAAAACUGAAAACUGUUUAUUUUGUUUGUUUGUUCGUACAUUAAAUGAAAACAGAAAAAAAUUGAAUAAAUGUUAUUAAAACUUAAUAUACAUAAGAAUUAUAAAGGAAAAUAUAAUAGAACUCUAUUACAUGGUCUUGGCAUAUGCUGGGGUUUACACUAGAAUUUCAGACUUAUUUUUAAUAUUUAUUUGUUUUUAUUAAUUUCUAUUUUCCUUUGGUUCUAUCAGUAGAAUAAAUAAUUAACAACUUACUAAUAUUUACUUUUUACUAAUAACUUUUGCUGAUAAUAAUGAAUUGUAAAAUUUUCUAAAAGAUCUCGGGAUCUGUUCUUUUGUAUUAUCCUUUGCUUUUAGCUGGGGAUGAUUGUAGUGUUUAUAUUCUAUCUAUAACAAUAAAACAAUAACUCAUAAAGAAAUAUGUUUUUUCUAGUUUUAGUAGAGUUAAUCUUGUUAAUUUAUAUUCCAGUUCAAAGAGAUUGUUGCUAAACAGUUUAAUGCACAAUCAUCGCAAUUAUGUUUAAUAUUUGCUGGUAAAAUCAUGAAAGAUCAAGAUACAUUGACAACACACAAUAUCAAAGAUGGAUUGACAGUUCAUUUAGUUAUCAAGACUAAUGCGCCCCAAAACACUACAACUACAUCUUCAUCUACAAAUACAGGAUCUGCUCCUCAAACUCAAAGACCUCCUGGUAAUUAAAAUUAAUUCCCCAUUUUUUUUUUUUUCUAAUUUAAAUUAUUUUCAACUUUAUUUAAAAAUUUCAGCUGAUAUUAAUGCAUCACCAUUUAAUUUGGGUAUGUUGGGUGGUUUACCUGGUAUGGAAUCAAUGGGAUUUAGUUCUGCUAAUUUUAUGGAACUGCAACAGCGUAUGCAACGAGAAUUACUUGAUAACCCUGAUAUGCUGAGAAACUUAGUUGAUAGUCCAAUGGUACAACAAAUGAUGAGUGAUCCUGCACACAUGAGACAGUUGAUUUUGGCUAAUCCUCAAAUGCAACAAUUAGUUGAGGUACGCAGUUAUAAUAUUUGUUUUAUUUAUUUUAUUUAUUAAAUUAUUGUUAUUAUUUAUUUUAGAGACACCCGGAAAUUAAUCAUAUGCUAAACAAUCCUGAGAUGUUACGGCAAACUAUGGAAAUGGCUCGGAACCCUUCAAUGUUGCAAGAACUGAUGCGUACACAGGACCGAGCUUUAUCAAAUUUGGAAUCAAUACCUGGAGGUUUUAGUGCUUUACAAAGAAUGUAUAGAGAUGUUCAAGAACCAUUUAUGAAUGCAGCCACUGAAGAAUUUAGUCGGAACACGUUUGCAGCACCAAGUGAAAGUGGUGGUGGUAAUAUAUUCUUUAUAUAACAUAAUCAUUCAUUAUUAUUUAUUUUUAAUCUGUUAUAAAAUCUAUUUAAUAUAAUCGUUGUAUUUUGGCAAUGAUUGAUAUUACCCAAUAUUUUAUUAUUAAAACUAAAGACCUAAAUAGCAAAUGUUUGAAUUAUAAUUGUAUUAAUACCAUGUCAAUUGAAAUAUUGUAUUUAUUUUUAACAAUAUUUGUCAGAACAAAAUCCUCAACAAGGUCAAGAAAAUCGUGAUCCAUUGCCAAAUCCUUGGGGUGGUUCUGCUGGAACAAACCCAGCAGAUCCUUCAAAUGUAAGGUCAGCUCCAACAUCUGGUAGUAUACCAACUGGAGGAACUGGAGGAACCAUGUUUAAUGGUGAUACAAUGAAUUCAAUGAUGCAACAAAUGAUUGAAAAUCCACAAGUGAUGCAAAACAUAAUGAAUACCCCAUAUUUUCAAUCAACUUUACAGGCAAUGACUAGUAACCCCAAUAUGGCCAACAACUUGCUAAGUAACAAUCCAUUGCUUGCUAAUAAUCCUGAACUUCAGGUAAGGAAAACAAUUUGGGUAGAUAUUUUUCAAAUUAAUUUAAAACCUUAUACUUUUGUUUAGUCCCAAUUCCGUAGUAUGAUGCCAGCAUUCCUACAACAAAUGUCAAACCCCGCGGUUCAAGAAAUGACAACCAAUCCAAAUGUUUUGUCUGCUCUUGAUCAAAUACAACGUGGCCUUGAAUCACUACGCACUAAUAUGUCAAAUAUUGGUGGAUCAUUGGGUGGCCAAUCUUUUUUCCCAACACCAAAUGUCAAUACUACUACUAAUGCCGACUCGACUGUACCCAAUGAUUUGCCAACAACUGAAGAAGGACAAGAAAAUAACUUUGCUGAACUUAUGAGAAGAAUGGUAAAACUAAAGUUAAUUAUUAAUUUAGUUUUAUUAGUAUUUCAUAAACAUAGAUCAUUCCAAUGGUUUGUAAUGUUAAACACUAUAGACUAUUACAUUGAACAAAUUUAAUUAAACCUUACAGUUUUAAUUAAAUUUGUUAAUUUUUAUAUGAUGCCGGAUUGUCUGCAAAUGUAAUAUAUUACAUACAGGUGUAACUCAAAGUGUCUCUAUACAAUUAUAAUGUCUCUGUAACAUGUGACAGUAUCACAUAAAAUAAUUAGUAAAUUGUAAAUUAUUACUGGAUUUAUAAAACCACAUAUAUAUAUAUAUCUACAUAACCAUUAUAUAACGUUGAACAAUAACUGAUAAAACUGUGGUUCUUUUGUACUUCUGUUGUUUUAAUACCAUGGUAUGGUUAAUACUUAAUCUUCUUCAGUUAAUGACAAUGAAUCUAUAAUAUCCAUAGCUAUUUACAAUUUAAGAAUUUAAAAAAAGACUGACAUUGCACAAUGUCUGUCUGACAAUGGUGGCUCAUUGUACAUAAGAAGUUGUUUAGAGUGUAGCACCUUUUCUGAAAGGUAAUUUUGUGUCUAGUUAGCGUAGUAGAGGAGUCAUUUCAUUGUUUUUAAUUUUUGCUAACUAUGUUUUCUAACAAAAGUAAAAUUAUAAAAAUUUGAUUUUGUUCCUUUUUAUAUGUAGCCACUGACAGUGAGUAAUUUUUUGAUAUUUAAGAUCAAAUUUUGACGAAAAUAAUAAAAAAAUACCCUAUUUCAAAAUAUAUAUUAUUAACUCCAACUCCGAAUUGUUUUUUUGCUAGCAAUGGUUUAUCUUUGCAUACAGAUAGAAAUUAAAUAACUUUAUGUAUCCUAUCUUCCCAACUUUCACUUACAACAAUGUCUGUACCCAUCCCCAGUAUCAGCUCUUUUAUUUUUAUUGGUUUUAUUUACAAUCUAUGAACAAAUGUCUAUAAAUUAGUGAUAUUGUUUACCAUAGACACCCUUAAACUAUAAACAUAAAAUUUCAAAUAUGAAUAAGAUUUUGGUAUUCAUUUGCCAUCAUUUAUUUAGCAGACUGUUAUAGAAUUUGUAUUAAAACAACAAAUCAUAAUCAUUUAAUAACAAUUAUAUUUUUUUAAAUAUAUUUCUUAAUUGUAUAUAAAAUGAUAAUAAAUUGUAUAAAAUGUUUUGUAUUUUCCAAUAUGAAUGGCUUUAUUGAAUGUCCUAUUAUAAAAAGUAUAAUAAUUAUGUUUUUAUAGCUAUCACAAUUGCCAAAUAACAGUAACCCCGUGGCAAAUUCACAGCCUCCAGAAGAAAGGUACAGUUCUCAAUUGGACCAAUUGUCUGCAAUGGGAUUUGUCAACAGAGAAGCCAACUUACAAGCUUUAAUUGCUACAUUUGGAGAUAUAAAUGCCGCUGUUGAACGGCUACUUAACAGUGGGCAUUUGUCCACUUAA